AAGUAGGAGGAGAUGACAGAGAGAAGGGAAAGCAGGGCAGAGGGAGAAAGAGAGGAGGCCAUAGAGAUAGAGAGAGAUACAGAGGGGGUUUGGAAGUAGGAAUACACAGAUGAGAGAGCAUAAGAGAAAGCCAGACAGACAGCAGUGCAGACAGACGGACAGCAGUGCAGACAGACAGACAGACAUCAUUACAGACAGACAGACAGACAGACAGACAGACAGACAGACAGACAGACAGACAGACAGACAGACAGACAGACAGACAGACAGACAGACAGACAGACAGACAGACAGACAGACAGACAGUAAGACACAGGCAGGCAGGCAGACAGACAGACAGAGGCAUGUCCACCCAACCGGGUCCCCAGCACAGGGUCUUGUUCCAAACCCCAGGUGAGGAGAAGGCGGAAGAGGAGCCUCCUCAACGCAGACUGGGAAAACUCACGGUCAAGUACAACCGCAAGGACCUGCAAAAGAGGCUGGACAUCGAGGAGUGGAUCGACGGGCAGCUGCAUCUCCUGUUCGACUGCGAGGAGGAGGAUAUUCCAGAGUUAGAAAUUGACAUGGAUGAGUUGCUGGAUCUAUCAGACGCAGAACAGAGAGCAAAGCUACAUGACCUUCUUCAAGACUGUGACAAGCCCAAAGAGGACUUCAUCGACGGCUUGCUGUAUCGUAUGAAGGGACUUCGCAAGAUGUCCCUGAAAAAAUGAACAAAAGUUGGAGCCGGAGACCAUGUGAAAUAAGACACCAUUCUCUCUCACCUGUAGCUGUGGAUGUGUGUACAGUGACAGUCCUCAUGUAUCUAGAUAUAUCCUAUAUGUAUCCACAAUCUGCACUAUUAGUUUCUAUAUUAGUGGUUGGUGGCAUUUGUCAAAGAGGGUCCCCAUGGCCAGUCCGUCCUGGCCUUAUAUUAUUAGGACCAUUUGAUACCAUAUAUGUCUUACUCACUAAGCCUGGUGGGUCUUCCAAUGGGGCAUCUGUGUAAAACUGAGUUUAAAUAUGAUGUAAUAUAGCAUAGAGAUGUCCUACUAGAUUCAAACACCUCUUGGGAUCAGUUGCCUCUGAAGUAGAAUGAGAGAUCAUCCAGUCUAGUGUUGAUGGAUUAUCCAGUCUAUCGUUUAUGUCGAUGUUUUUCCACUGUUAUGUUACAGAAUGGUUCACCAAUUCACCAUGGCCUGGUUUGUUAUGUUCUUUGGUGUUAAUGGACACUUCUGGCAUUUUGAAUAAUCAGAUCACAGCUUAUUGUUAUGUUGACAUUCUUUUUAUUUAUUUUUAUUUUUAAUGAAAUGUUUUCUCUGAUGAAUCCCCUGCUAUGACUAGCCCCCAAGAAUGUACUGUCGUGUCUUUGGCUAUGCAGGAUUAAGUAAUAUGACAUGCUAUUCUAUAUUAAUAUCACCUGAUUGAGCUAAUCAUGUAAAAGUAAUUAACUAGAGAGUCAGGCACCGCAAAAUAAUAUUUAUAGAGCUGUUAUCUUCCGAAUAAACUCUUAAAGACCUAGUAAUAUUUUACAUCAAUAGCAGUCAACAUUAAUCAUCGCCUUAAUUCAGUCUCAUCUGAAAGUUGUAGAUUCUUAGUUAUCUGCACGAACCCUGGCUAACAAUUUGAAUCAGCAAUACAAAAUUGGGUUUAAUUAUUUAUUUACUAAAUACCUAACUAAUCACACAGAAUUACACAUACACACAAUUAAUCAUAACUUGAUUACAAAUUACGUCAUAAAGGAAAACAUCCCUAGCGGGCGGAACAGAUAUGACAGCUUGUUACACAAAGGAAAGGAGCUGGGUUUGAGUGGAAGAGCGGGAAGACUGAGGAACAAAGGGAAGAAGCUGGGCUAUCGUAAAUACAGUAUCUUAUGCAUUCUAAAUUACCGCCCAUUUGGAAAAGGAAAAUGCAAUAAAUAUUUACUCUGAGCUGCGUUCAGUAGGUUGGUGGUAGAUGGAAGAGUGUGUUGCCAAACCGAGUCCUCUAUCGUUUGAAGAAUGUCUCUGGUGGUCAAUUGGAUAAGUUGUAGUAACGUCGUUGUGUGAUAGACGGGAUACUCUGUCUGUUCCUUCCUAACCCUCGUUUGCAGCAGCUGUUGCUAACUCAACGGCUAGGAGGUAUCACUUCUGUAGUGAAUAAGAGUUCAAAGUUCAUACCAUUCGUAACCAAAGCUCACGCUGAUGUUGGCUUCGUUCUGUAGUUAUUAUCUGAACCAUUCUGACAUAGGACCAUCAUCAGAACAGAAAGUUAUGUUGUCGUCAAGACUUUAUAUAGGAAGGGAGAAAAGGGGUGUGUUUCAUAGUUUACAACCUGUCUCUUCACGUGGGCGGCCACUGAGUGAGCAGCCCUAUCUUAUGUAAAGCCACAUCUCACAUUUUUUAAGCUAAAAUCACAUUUCAUCCCAUCACAAAUAAUUUCAUAUUCAAACAUUUAAAUUGAACAACAAUUCCAUGUGAAUCUGAUAACUCUGAUGUGUAUUCUUUCCAAUGUAGAGUUUAUGUCAUCUUAUCAUUGAUGAGAAUGUCUCAGAUGACAACCGAACUGACAUCAUAUUCAUUAAGUACCACCGCAUAUGUUCCAUUGGUCGGAUUACCAGAAUAUAGUUAAUUUCCCCCCACCUUCUGAUGUUCCCAGAAUCUCUAUGUUAACCAAGGGUUUUGCAAAUGUAACCUCAGUAGGGUAGAGAGAGGAAAAAGGGGGGACUGUCAUAAACCUAUCCCCCAGGCCAAUGUCAUGACAGUACUGUAAAUAUGGUUACUAAUAUUUUUGUUUAGCUUAAAGUAUUGUUUUAAAGAGGCAGUGCUCUCAUUAACUGUUACAUCGGAAUUUCAAAUGUGAUCUCCAAUAGAAAACAUGUGUACUGUGAUGUUAACUAUGAUAUUCUGGAAAAUAGCACCUAAAAUAAAUUCACUUCAAUCCAUAAAAGGGCAGUUAGGCAUCACAAAAUGUCGACGAGCCUUGGAACCGCUAUGGAUCCCAAUGGGGGGAUCGAAACUUUUUCUCUUUGUGAAUUUCAAUAAAUCAGUGGAAGCAUA